UUUUUUUUUUUGGAUAGGGUUUUUUUUUUGUUUUGCUUCUUUUUAAGAAAAACAAGCGGUGUGCUCAGCUGCAACCCCUGUGGGAGGUGUUCAGCCUUGGCCGGAGCCGCCCGAGCGCCCCCGGGGCCGGGAGGCUGCGCUGGCCCGGGCUCAGGCUCAGGCUUUCUGGGACAGCCAUUCCUGACUCCAGCCGGUGUCCGGGCGGCUGUGGAGGGCAGAGCCGCGGCAGCUCCGCUCGGACCCUUCGGCAGCGGCAUGGCGCUCCGCGGAGCCUGCCUCCUCCUCUGCCUCCUCUCCCUCGCCCAGGUCGCCGACCAGCAGAACGGCAAAGCCCGGCAAAAACCGGCCGCUUCCAAGAAAGAUGGUGUGAGCCUCAAAAUGAUUGAAGACCUGAAGGCCAUGAUUGACAACAUCUCUCAGGAGGUUGCUCUACUGAAGGAAAAGCAAGCGCUCCAGACAGUUUGCCUGAAAGGCACCAAAAUUCAUCUGAAAUGCUUUCUGGCAUUUUUGGAGACCAAGACAUACCACGAGGCCAGCGAAAACUGCAUCUCUCAGGGCGGCACGCUCAGCACGCCCCACAACGGGGAGGAGAACGAUGCCCUCUACGACUACAUGCGCAAGAGCAUCGGCUCGGAGGCCGAGAUCUGGCUGGGCCUCAACGACAUGGCCGUGGAGGGCAAGUGGGUCGACAUGACAGGCAGCCCCAUCCGCUACAAGAACUGGGAGACUGAGAUCACCACCCAGCCCGACGGCGGCAAGCUGGAAAAUUGUGCGGCUUUGUCGGGGACCGCCAAUGGCAAGUGGUUCGACAAGAGGUGCCGAGAGCAGCUGCCUUACGUCUGCCAGUUCAUGAUUGUGUAGCAGUGGGGCCUCCCCCUGCUCUCCCAGCCCGGUCUCCACCCUGGGCAGCAGGAUGAUGAAGCUGUAGCUGUGCAUACGCCUCCAUGUGCAUCUGCACACCCACACGCACGUGUUCACUCCGUAGAGUCACCCUUUGCAAAGAGAUUCGCUGCGGCUCGCGGUUAUAGAGCCCUAGAGCAUUUCCUUUGGCCACAUCCAGCCCUGUUUGCAGCUACACUGCUCUUCCUAAGGCACGAUUCAUAGAUAUAUAUUUUUUUACACAGGGAAUUUAUUAGGACAGCUCAGUUGUUCCAGCAAAGAACCAAUGCAGCAGUCCAGCCUGGCAUGCAGCUGCCUCGGCUGCCUAGGGCUGUCCGGAGUGUCCUUUCCCAUUUUGCUGAGCUUUCUUGGGACACCAGUAUAGGCAGUUUCUGCUUUCUUUUCUUGUUUUGCUUCCCAUAAGCCCUGGCAGCAAUUUGUGAGAGUUCCGUGUUCCUCACAGUGUUCAGUUCAGCCUUGUGAGGAUCAAGGUCCUGCCUCAACAACCAGAGGGAGCUGCUCCUGCUUUGCAUUGAGAGAUGCAAUUGGGCUUAUUUGGUAGGGUACCAGGGCACAACUAGUCAAAUUACAUGUAUGAAUGAAUCAGCAAGUUACAGGCAUUUUUGGCCCUCUUCUCACCAGCCAGAAGCCAGUUUCACAGACUUCAGUGGGGGAGCAAGACCCACUGCCAGAUCCUUUGAAAAAAACUCCCAUCAAAAGCUUUAUUUGUGCUGCAGUAUCAAGGGGAAAGCAGCAAAAACUUGGAGCAUAGUUAGUCAACAAUAUUACUAGAAAUAAAUGUAUUACAUAAAUAACAUAAAUGUAAUACUCUUAGGGAGUAUGUUGCUAUAUAAAAAUAACUAUAUAUUUUUAAAAGCCCCAGGACAACUCACUACAGCAGCUUCAGGAAUGACCUGAUCUGUUU